AGUCAAACCAACGGCGCCCGUGUCGAAGCCAAACGGGGAGAUUUGGUGGCUUCUCGCUAUAGUUGAGUUUCUAUUGAUAACUAGAGUUCAUCGUCUUUUUCUCGCUUCUUUCUCGACUACUUUCGCUUGUUCUUUCGCGCCCCUUUCUUACCUGGGUCUCCUCCCUGCACUGCGGCCCACGCGGGGCCCUUAAUUUUUCUUUGCGCUGGUCAAGCCCGGCUAUUGUUGGUGGACGUCCGGCCUGGCCCUGCGACUGUGGACUGUGGACGUGUCCAGCCUCCCAGGGCGAGUCGAAUCGAGUCGGUGAAGCUGGGAUCCCUUCCAAGGGCUCCACUCUUGAACACGUCGUUGGCGUUGGUCUCCUUUAGGUCUUUUGAAGCUCUCAAAAGGUAAAGAGUUCGCAUUAACUAGACGUGAGACGCGAGGUUGGUGCCGCUAUCUAUCUUUGACGUCCCGUACCUUGCCUUGCCGCUGCCGUUGCCCGAGGUGCUGCUACCACCACUGAAAGAAAAUCAACAUAAACACACCACUUUACAUUCGAUCAAAUCAUGGAUCUCGCUGCUAUCGACGAGGAUACCGCUGCUGUUCUCGCUGCAGCUGCAGCUGAGGCUGACGAGGCGUCUGCAGUCUCGGAUCAGCAAUUCAUCUUCUCGACGCCGGAUCGAAAACAACCUCUCUCAAAUUCAUCCUCUACCGCCACUACACCAGCCACCAAUUAUUUCUCCUACGGAAACCUCAGCAACGGUUAUCGCAAUGAAUUUCGCAAUCGAUAUCACGACGACAAUGACUCUGCCCCGGACCAAGACAUUCCCGGAUUGAGAACGCCUUCAUUACUCUCCAGCCCGAGUGUGGCUUCAAGUCUCGGAUUCUCCACAGGACGGGUGAGUCCUCACAAAAGGGACAUCUCUGGCCAUUCAAGACUAUCUUCAAUCAACGAUUCACCAAACAACACUUCUCCUUCUGUUCGUCGGACCCACCGCCCGCGAAACAGUCGCGAUGUUUUGGCGCAGAGGUUGAGUCAGCUCGCGCAUGAGCUCACUUCAGGCGACGAUGAUUUACUCGACGAUAGUGGCGUCGAUAUUCUCACCGCGCAACUGGAUCAGCUGGAGGGCACAAAGAUGCUUAAGAAGACCGUCUCAUUUUCCCUACCUUCCACACCAUCGCCGCGGCAAGCGCAUCAACGAUUGAGCCUCGAUAUGUGCAGCCCUGGUGAAUCAAUUUUCAGCACACCAGGUUCCGCGUUCAAGACACGGUUCUCAGAUUUGGGAGCAUCACUUAGAAGGGAUCCUGAGCCAAUACCGGAGCCAGAACCGGAACCUCCGGCCAACAUGGGAAUGACUGUUGCUCAGGCCAAGAAGGUUAUUCAAGAAGUUACUCAGCUCAACGAAGAGAUGUCACAAUUGGUCACAAAUCUCAAGGCUCGACAAGAAGAGUCCGACCAUAUCCAAGGUCUGCUCAUCGAGCGUGCUGAACGUGCUGCUCAGCGCAUCAUCUUUCUUCAAAACCGAAUAGCUCAUCUCGAGCAAGAAUUGCGCGAAAAUGAUGAUGAACUUCAGUAUCUCCGCAUCUGCCUCAAAGCCGUCGAGAUUCAAAUGCCAGCACACCCAGACAAAGAACUUCAAAGAUGCAUAUCCUCGUUCAAAAAGGAUUACCAAGCUCUAAAACGAAAACGUGUCAAUCGCUCCAGCAUCGCAAGUCUCUCUAGUCUCGGCUCUCCAUAUCCUGGCUCUCCGGCAUGACAUCCGGCUCUCUUAGUUUGCGGAUAAAAACACAUAUACACAACACUCACGAAUUACGAUAUUUAUCUCUCAUCACUGCGCCAACUCACGCCUUUACGCUUUAUGACGUUUCGCUUCCUCUCAUACCAAAUCGGUCUUACUGUCACAUCCUAGCAAGUCACAAUUAAAGUAAUGGCUUUCACCACAACUACGUACUGCUCACGCAGCACAUCGCGCCAUCGUUCACAUCGGAUACCCUUUCCCGAAGCAAGCACUGUUGUGUUUUUCUCAAAUUUGCAUAAAAUCGGUGCAUUACGGCCUAGCGAUCGUUCUUGACAUUUGGCAGCAAUGCCCUCAAAAUAUAUUAAUGGCACGGUGUUGAUGGAAACUCCAUGUCUGGUUUAUUGACAUCAUUACUGUUGGGUUUUUAUUGUUUAACAACUCAUGAUAUCAGGCAUGAAAAGGGUCACGAGUUUAUUACUCUAGAAGAUAGCAUCAAUGUCCUGACUGUCCAAGUUAACACAAGAGCAAUACCUAUUGUAGAAGCAUGGCGCUAUGGAUUGACGAU